AUGGAGGAUGCGUUGAAUGUGCUUGUGGCGAUUGCUGCUAUUUACUUUGCUUACAGAUGGCUUUCGCGAGAUAAUGGCGGUGCUGGCACAGGAGGAAACGCUCGGCCGGCUACUGUACUUGGCUUUACCCCAAAGAACGUUACCCCGGAAAUGAUCGCCUCUGUACGAAGUGCGUUCCCGCAAGAAUCAAUUGAUAAUAUUCGCUACGACCUUCUUAAAUCGGGUAGCGUCGAAAUCACUUCGAACAAAAUACUCGAGCGCGGAUACCUUGAUCGGGUACCCUCCCCAGCCUACUUCACUCUUUAUCCCCCGACUCCUGCCGCCGAUGUGACUACGACGGACACUCCAAGUCCGACUAGUACUAACGACACCUCUGUCAAGAACACCAGCCUUCUCUCUCGAUAUGGCCUUGAAGCCCGUGCGAAUGAAGGUUCCGCCACCGAGUUCAGUGACAAAGCGGCGUGGGAAGACUCGGCUUCCAAGAGGGAGGCGAGUUUGAAGGAACGAAAGGCUCAAAUGAUUCUGGCUGCGCGACAGCGAAUGCUGGCGCAGCAAUCCCAAUCUUCCUCUUCAUGA